AUGGUCCUAUGCUUUAUCUCUCCAGGGUCUUGGAAGAAGAGGAAAAGUGAUGAACUCCGAAUCAUUUUGGUGGGGAAGACAGGAGCAGGGAAGAGUGCAGCAGGAAACACCAUCCUGGGGAGAGAAGCAUUCCAGUCUGAACUGUCCUCUGCUUCCUGGACAUAUCAGUGCAAGAGAGAGGAGGGAGUGGUUAGCGGCCAAAAGGUUGCCAUCAUUGACACUCCGGGGCUGUUUGACACUAAUUUUACCCAAGAAGAAGUGCUGAAGAAGAUCAAGAUGUGCAUCUCUCUGUCUGCUCCUGGUCCUCAUGCCUUCCUGGUAGUUCUUAAGCUGGGCAGGUUCACGCAGGAGGAGAAGGAAACCAUCAAAAUGAUUCAGAGUACCUUUGGUGAGGAGGCAGCCAAAUACUCCCUCGUGUUGUUCACACAUGGAGACUUUCUAAAGAGACAAACUAUUGAAGGCUUUCUUUCAAAGAGUGAAGAACUCAGAGAGCUCAUAGACUCAUGCUACGGGAGAUAUCAUGUCUUUAACAACCAAGUAACAGACCCGGUGCAGACCAGUCAGCUGCUGGAGAAAAUUGUCAGGAUGACAGCAGAGAAUGGUGGAGGGCACUACACAGUAAAGAUGUUCAGAAAAGCAGAAAAGGCAGUAAAGAAAGAGGAGCAAAGAGUUUCGAAGGAGCUGAAAGCAGCAGAGCGGCAGAGGAGGAAAACCAUAAAGGCUGAAAUUGAGAGAGAAAUUCAUUUAACAAGAACGUCGAUGAAACAGGACAAAUGUGUUCUGCAGUAG